GUUCACAUUCCCUUAAGUGGCCUUGCCUGUUGAGUGCCUACCAUGUGCUUGGCACUCUGCUAGGUGCUAUGUGUAUUGCCCCAUUUAAGGCUCAUAACAUCCCAGAUAGACAAUGGUAUUAACCACACUUUACAGAUUAGGAAACUGAAACUUGGAAAGGUUUCAUAUCUUGCCCAACAUCAUACCAUCAGUAGAUGUGUGCUUUGGGCAAGUAAUUUAGCCCGCUCUUGCCUCUAUUUCUCCCUCUGGAAAAUGGGUAAGAUAAUAGUACUACCUGCUAGAGUUAUGAGGGUCUUAGGAUGUGGUACCUGUAAAGCACUCAGUCGGUGCCCGGCACACGCUUAAUAAAGGUUAACUACUAUCAUGAGACCUGAGAGAGGAGGGCUCACCAUCCACGUGGAGCUAAAGAAGACUCACGCCCCAGUAAGCUGGCUUCAGAACCCAAGGGCUUACCUAGGCUCCAUGAUUCCUCAACUAGGGAUUUAGUUGUAGCCAUGGAUGUGGUGGGCAACCGGGAGGGGAUUUUAACCUGUUUCUUGCAUCAGAAGGUCCAAUAGGCAGGGUUAGUGUAAUGGGAGAUGCCCUGGUAGGGCUGGCAAGGAGAAGCCAGUAUACUUUGGUGUGAUAUAGUUCACUAUCUUGGAAGAGUCUUUAUAUUUCACAUACAGAUUUAAAAAGCAGCAGUGAUCUGUCACAGACCAAAAUGGUCCCCUCGCCAGCUAUGCAUUACAGAGCAGCCGCCCACAUAGAGAACCUGAGAAGCCACGGCCUGGAGACUGCACCUGAACACCAAAGGCUGGAGAGAGGAGCUGGUGGAGAAACACCAGAGUCUCGCUGUUACCCGGCUCCACCACAGAAACUUGGGAACCAGCUGCUGCCCCUGAGCACCCCGCUCCAGGGCCUCAGUGAGCAACUCUUCCCUCCAGUGAGGAGUAAACCCUUCCCAGCUAGGGUCCUGCGAGAGGGAGCAGUUCGUUUCUUCCACAGGGGACUUUGCAACUCAGACCUUUGGGGCGAAGCCUCUGUGAGUCCCUCAGGUACCCAGGAUGAACUGCACAGCAGCUGAAGGAAGACAGCCAGACCAGGGUGGGAGGGAGCCAGGAAACAUCUGGCUUGCUGUUUUAGACUCCACCAGUUCACAGUUCACACAAGCUCCCCGGGAAACUCACACCUUGCCCUGUACCAAGUUUUUAAGACAGUUAAGCUCUGUCCAUCUGAGACUCCACUUCUCUUGAGUAGAAAAUCACUGAAAUCAUCAGAUCCAUGGCACCCACCCUCACUCUCUCCAAACAGCUGGAACUGUCAGGCUGGCUUCAGGUCCUGGUCUUCACACUUAAUAUCACUCUCCUCCACUUGCUCAGACAGCCAGAGCAGGCUGAGUUCCUCCCAACAAUCUCCACUGCCUUCUCUCAGCUCCCACUGCAGGGCAGCUCAUAUGCCUGAGUGAACAUGCAUGCAUGUGCGCACACACACACACAUGCACACACACAGGUAUGCACAGACAUACACCAAACACGAACAUACAGUGCCCAUGAACACUGCUCCAAGCUAGGACCCUCUGGUCAGACUGCUGCCUGGGUUAGAAUUCUUCACCCCCGCCCCCCAACCACUUCCUAGUUCUGUGCUCUUGAACAAGUGACUGAAUCUCCCUGUGCCACAGUUUCUUCCUGUAGAAACUGGGAAAGAUGGCAGUACCUACCUCCUUAGAGCCAUUGUGAAGGUCAAUGUGAGGUACCACAUGUAAGGCGCCCAGACAUAAGGGCCAACAGCGUUAGCUAUCACUGUCCAGUUUGGCGGAUGAGCUGAAGGCAUGUGGACACGUGGAUUCAGUCUACUCGCAGGCACAAAAGGAGCUACGUUGGUUACAUUCAGGCAUAUACCAGAGCACUACAAUUCUCUGAGACAUUGUCUGGAAAUCUGGAAAUCAUCUCCUUGCCCUUUAAGGCAUUUUAACCCUCACAUUCCUCUGCUUUUGCAAGAAUGUCAAUCUUCUCAAGCUGUGCGUGAGAGACACGGCCUUCCCUCAAGGGAGACAUGCAAAUGCUCCACAAACAGCCAUAAUGUGGGGCUCUGCCAUGAGGAAGAAACAGCAGACACGCUAGACAGCACGGUCCUGGCUGCAGCCGGGAGGAAGAAAGACCCAUGGCGGGGCACUCGCUCCGUGUCUGUCUGCCCGGUGAGACUUCAGGCUCCUCGCAGACAAGGGCCAUGGGUUGUUGGCUGUUGUGUGCCUGGUGGCCUUCACCGAGCUGAGCAAGGGACUGACACACAGACAGGUAGGGCUUGGUUGGUCAAGGCAGCAGUCGCCUUGGAUGCUAAAGCCUGAGCCAAGCCCCUCAGCCCAGCAUGGACAAGACAAGGCCCAUGGUGGUGGGAGGUCAGUCGGCCAGCUGGGUUGAGAAGGCGACGAAGCCAUGGGCAGACAGGAAGUAGAGGUGAACGUCUCUGCCUCCUGUGGGCCUCCUGUAGCAGGGGCGGUGCAGACCCUCUAGCUGGGGCAGAACAAGGCUGGUGCUUCCUUCCAGUCCUUGAGCCUCUAUAGCUCAAACCCAAGCAGAAUUUUGGGAUUCUGUGUGGCGAUUGCUGAGGAAGGUUUAUGGAUUUGACAGGGUGCAUGCCACGGGGAGGCAGUUCUCACUCAGCACUUCCUGUCCCCAGCAGAGGCUCACAGCGGGCAGCCCCAGCACAGGAGACCCCGGAGGCGCUUUGAGGAUAGUAAUCAGAGGUCGGGCUGGCUGGACGGAGCCCAGGCCCGCUGCCCACCAAGUCUCUGUAGGCUGUAGUCUGACCCCUCUCUCCACCCCUGGGCUAUGCAGGCCAGCUGACGCAGAUCACACCCCAUGCGUCCACUAGCAACACCCACCUCCCUGUGCCAACACUCCAUCUAACAAGAAAGGACUGAGAAGGCAAUGCUUAACCCCAAGGAGUGAGUUUUAUAGAAGGAGUGGCAUUAACAGUUUCACAGCAGGCCAUUGAGGAAAUAUGUUCCUGCCUCUUCAAAUGGACGGUCACUACAGAAAUGUGUAGAGCAAGACUUUGUCAAGGGGGUGUUCCCAGGUCUCCCAGUGUCUAAAUAACAGAACUGGAAUGGGAACCGAGAACCGAUUCUUCCCCCAACCGCCCACUGAGCAGCAACGCUGCAGCCAGCAAAGAGGUGUGCGGAAGCCAGUAAGCCCCAUGUGGUGUGGACAGCGCAUGGCCACUCCACCGCCCCCUGCAACAGGCUGCCAGCUGGGCCACCUGCCUUCCACUGUAUCUACUGUUUGAGCUUCUCCAGCCCUGCUUUGUUUUCUCUUCCUCAGCAUCCGCCCCAUGGCACCCCAUGCCAUGCAGUGGUGGCUGAUGUUGCCACAGUACCAUGAGGUUAACAGGUCCUCCCUCCAGCUGCCCUCACAGUGGCAGCCUCACCUGCAUUCCUGCCAUUCGCCGGACACCGCCCCAGACCCUCAAAGCCCGUCCAAGACUAUGGGGGAGGAGUAAACAACACAGCCCAGUUCAGAGGAGAUGCUGAGUUUAAUGAACUCUAUUUGAAUUGCAGGGCUGUGAUUCCUCUUACCUUUCACGUGAACUCGCAGGCGGAUUAAAGUGAAAUAAAACCUACCAUUUCAGGUA